UUAUUUAUUUAUUUUUGUUGCUAUCAUUCACUCUGCUCCCGACGUUGAACAGACCACAUUUCUUUAGAACAGCGCUGCAUUACAGUAAUCCUCAAUCCUGUAAUUCAGCAUGCCUCUACCUCCGGCACUCCUGGCUCGCCUGGCCAAGAGAGGGAUUUUCAAACCAAAAGAAGGCGCGGAGGAGGAAAUUAUUGCUGAAGAUUAUGAUGACAACAAUGUAGAUUACGAAGCUACCAAAGCAGAGAAUUUGCCUCCAAAUUGGUACAAAGUGUUUGACCCUACUUGUGGGCUUCCUUACUACUGGAAUGUGGAGACGGAUCUGGUCGCCUGGUUAUCUCCAAAUGACCCUUCUGCAGUUAUAACAAAAGCUGCCAAGAAAAUGAAAGUCGAUGUGGGAGAUGAAAGAACGGAGAGGUCAUCUGAGAAGCCAGAACGAGACAGAGACCGAGACAGAGAUCGGGAAAGAGACCGGGACAGAGAUAGAGACCGGGAUGAUGGAAGGGACAGAAACAGAAGAAAGCAGAGGAGAGAGGACAUCACACAAUACAGCAGGAGCAAAAGAGGAAGAAAAGAUGAUGAGAUGGACCCCAUGGAUCCGAGUGCCUAUUCUGACGCUCCAAGGUAG